AUGCCCAUUAUCCUGCACAAUCUCACUCUUGUCAACAAAUUUUCCUUUUCGAGCUACGAAUUCCCUUUUAAAUCUUGCAAACAAUCUUGCAAAUUUCCCCAAAUUCUUCGUGUAAGUUGUGCACAGAAAGCCAAAAGGACAGGAAAAUUGAGGUACCCAUCUGAGAAAAAGAAGCUAAGACACCAGAAAAAGACCAAAAUUGAUGAGGAGAAGAAAUUCGAAGGCGUCUGGAGGCUUUUUAGGCUCGGAGUUCCCGUUCACGAAGACCCUGGAAAAGAUUUCUGGAGUGUCUCCGAGGCUCUGCUUAAAGCGAUAGCCAAAGUUCUUGAAUUUCCGGUACCAUCCAUGUUGCCACCUGAGGCGUUCACGGUGAUCAGAAAAUCAUUUGAUGCGAGGAAGAAGGAGAAGAAGUUCGUAUAUACUGUGGAUAUGGAUGUUCAUAAACUCAUUAGCAUUGAGCCUCGGACCGUGGAGUUUGUCUCUGAGCUGGAACCGAAAGCUGGGUUUGUGGAGUUUUUACAUCACAGCAGCAUUUCUGGUGAUUUAAUGAAUGUAAUACGCAAUCACAGGAGUAUAGGUGAAACUGAUUCUUCUAGUGAAGCUGUCCACAACAAUCGAUUCACAGGAGGUUACAUUUCUACAACCAGAAGAAAACCAAGAGUAGUAGUCGUCGGUAGUGGGCCCUCGGGACUGUUUGCUUCCCUUGUGCUUGCUGAAGCUGGUGCUGAUGUCACACUAAUCGAAAGAGGGAAUGCAGUCGAACAAAGAGGACGCGAUAUUGGUGCUCUGGUAGUCCGCCGGAUGUUACAAUUGGAAAGCAAUUUUUGCUUUGGGGAGGGUGGUGCAGGUACUUGGAGUGAUGGGAAGCUGGUAACAAGAAUUGGACGAAAUAAUAGUAGUGUUUUGACAGUUCUGAAGACAUUGGUUCACUUUGGUGCUCCAUGUAGUAUAUUAGUUGAUGGGAAACCUCAUCUGGGUACUGACAGAUUGAUUCCACUUUUACGAAACUUUCGCCGGCACUUGCAAGAGUUGGGUGUGACUAUCCUAUUUGGGACAAGGGUAGAUGAUCUUCUAGUGAAAGGCGAACGUGUUGUAGGUGUUAAAAUAUCCGAUUCAGGAGAUAGCUCUAAGUCCGGUUGCCAUAACUUGGAAUGUGAUGCUGUAGUUCUUGCAGUGGGGCAUUCUGCACGGGACACUUAUCAAAUGCUACUUUCCCAUAAUGUGGACAUCAUUCAGAAAGAUUUUGCUGUUGGUCUGCGGAUUGAACAUCCUCAAGAACUGAUAAACAAUAUACAGUAUUCCGAGUUAGCUUGUGAGGUUCAGCGUGGCCGUGGGAAAGUACCUGUAGCAGAUUAUCAGAUUGCUGAGAGGAUUAAGACCUCAAGUGUGGAACCAAUAGUUCGUAAUUGUUACUCCUUUUGCAUGUGUCCAGGAGGUCAGGUGGUUCUAACCAGCACGGACCAGUCGGAACUUUGUAUUAAUGGCAUGUCAUUUUCUCGGCGUUCGUCCAGGUGGGCAAAUGCAGCACUUGUGGUGACAGUCUCAUCAAAAGACUUCGAAGCUUUAAAUUUGAGUGGGCCUCUAGCAGGUGUUGGGUUUCAGAGAGCAUUCGAGCAAAAGGCAGCUGUAAUGGGAGGUGGCAAUUUUGUCGUCCCUGUACAAACAGUUACGGAUUUUCUGGAAAAUAGACUGUCAGUGUCGUCUUUGCCACCAUCCAGCUACCGUUUAGGUGUAAAGGCCUCAAAUCUGCACGAGUUAUUUCCCACUGAUAUUACAGAAGCUUUGCAGUCAGCAAUUUCAAUGUUUGACGAGGAGUUACCGGGAUUUGCUUCCAGCAAUGCUCUUCUUCACGGAGUUGAGACGAGGACUAGUUCUCCCGUCCAAAUAACACGUACACGUGAUACGUGGGAAAGCACCUCUAUGAAGGGGCUUUAUCCGGUGGGUGAGGGUGCAGGAUAUGCCGGUGGAAUCGUGAGUGCCGCCGUUGAUGGAAUGCAUGCCGGAUUCGCACUGGCACGUAAUCUUGGACUCUUGAACGACUCCAUAGGUUCAGUUGUGGGCAAGGCUCAAAAUGUCGGAUUUGUUAAAUACUAA